AGUGAUUUUUUGGUAGUACUAGUAUCGUUCUUGUCUGUAAGUACCAAUCUAGUUCCGGUUUAAAAACAUUCAACAAAGAUUGAAUCUGGUAGAUCCUGAUUCUGGUAUGGUGAAGCCAAAUAAAAGUAAAACUGGCACCCGGAAGAAAACACCCAGCAAGGACGAAUUGGUUGUUAUCGAUAAAACAGAAAAUGAAAACGCGCUUGAUCAUCAUCAAUGGGUUGCAACUCCAACCGAAUUUGUUCGUACAUUUGGUGGAAAGAGGGUUAUUGAGAAAGUUUUAAUUGCAAACAACGGAAUCGCUGCUGUAAAAUGCAUGAGAAGUAUCAGAAAAUGGUCUUACGAGUUAUUUGGAAACGAGAAAGCUAUAAAAUUUGUUGUGAUGGUGUCCCCAGAAGAUUUAAAGGCAAAUGCAGAGUACAUCCGUAUGGCUGACUUGAGUGUUCCAGUUCCAGGUGGAACUAACAACUACAACUAUGCUAACACGGAACUCAUAUUGGAUAUAGCUAAGAGGAUCCCUGUACAGGCCGUGUGGGCUGGUUGGGGUCAUGCCAGUGAGAACCCUAAACUGCCAGAACUGCUUCACCAGCAUGGUAUAACCUUCAUUGGGCCUCCGGAACACGCUAUGUGGGCUCUAGGUGACAAGAUCGCCAGUUCCAUCCUGGCACAAUCUGCUAAUGUACCUACACUACCGUGGAAUGGAAUGCAUGUGACACUGGAUGGAGCAAUGGAGCGAGUUGCUGCAGGAGAGUGUAUUACAGUCCCCGAGGAUGUUUACGAUAAAGGUUGUAUUCAUUCUAUGGCAGAAGGUCUUGCUGCAGCUAUAAAGAUUGGGUUCCCUAUAAUGAUCAAGGCUUCAGAAGGAGGUGGUGGUAAAGGUAUCAGAAAGGUGAAAUCUGAGGACGAAUUUGAUUUGGCUUAUCAUCAAGUACAGUCUGAAAUCCCCGGAUCCCCAAUUUUCAUCAUGCAACUGGCACACAAUGCACGACACAUAGAAGUACAGAUAAUCGCGGAUGAGUACGGCAACGCUAUCUCGCUGUUUGGUCGGGACUGUUCAGUCCAGCGACGUCAUCAGAAGAUUAUAGAGGAAGCACCUUCUGUCAUUACUGAUCCGGUUAUAUUCGAGGAGAUGGAAAAGGCAGCAGUUAGAUUAGCCAAGAUGGUUGGCUAUGUCAGUGCUGGAACUGUUGAGUACUUGUACAUGGAGGGGCAGGGCUUCUACUUCUUGGAGCUCAAUCCUAGGUUACAGGUGGAACACCCCUGCACGGAAAUGAUAAGCAGUAUCAAACUACCCGCUGUACAACUCCAAGUAGCAAUGGGUAUCCCACUGCACCGCAUCAGAGACAUUAGGAUGAUGUACAAAGAAUCUCCAUUCGGGAUGAACCCCAUUGAUUUCGACAACCCCCGGAACCCCCCAAAACCUCAUGGUCACUGUCUAGCGUGCAGGAUAACUGCUGAGAACCCUGAUGAGGGCUUCAAACCUAACAGUGGGACAGUCCAGGAACUCACUUUCAGGUCUAAUCAGAACGUGUGGGGGUAUUUCUCGGUGCAGGCAUCAGGAGGGUUACACGAGUUUGCUGACUCACAGUUUGGGCAUUGUUUCUCGUGGGGCGAGGAUAGAGAGGAAGCCAGAACGAACAUGGUGAUGGCGCUCAAAGAACUAAGCAUUAAAUCAGACUUUAGAACUACAAUCGAAUUCCUCAUUACUAUUCUGGAGAUGGAAGAGUUCUGUCACAAUGACUAUGAUACUGGUUGGCUUGACAUGCUGAUAGCAAACAAGAGAAGAUCAGAGAAAGUAGACACAAUGCUGGCUGUUAUCUGCUGUACUCUACACAUUGCUGAUAAUGCCAUCCAGUCUCGAUACAACUCAUUCAGAUCUGCUCUGGAAAGGGGACAGAUAAUGAAUCUCAAGCACCUGAGCUGUAUAGUUGAUGUGGACCUGUGUUAUGAUAAUAUUAAGUACAAGCUACAAGCUGCCCAGACCAGCCACAACUCCUACCAUCUCGCUAUGAACAACUCGUCCAUGGAGGUUGAUUUACACAGACUGAACGACGGGGGCCACCUUGUCAUAUUCGGAGGUAACAGCUACACGACUCACAUGAAGGAGGAAGUGUCUGGGUAUCGGGUUGUGAUCGGGGGCAAAACUUGUAUCUUCGAGAAGGAUAAUGAUCCUACUGUUAUCAGGUCCACAUCAGCAGGUAAGCUGAUGAGAUUCAAUGUAAAUAAUGGCGAGCACGUAGACGCAGGACAACCCUUCGCAGAGAUAGAGGUCAUGAAGAUGAUAAUGCCGAUAGUGGCCCCCCUUGCUGGGUGCAUAACGUUCGAGCAGAACGCGGGAAGCAUCCUGAAUCCUGGUACAGUCCUGGGAACUUUGGAGUUAGACGACCCUUCCUCUGUCGUCAAGGCUGAGCUGUGCACGGUUGGUUUACCAGAAUACUCGUCUAACGACUACAGUCACGGCAGGAAACUACACCAGAUCUAUAGGCACACUCUCAACCUACUGGAGAACAUCAUUACUGGGUACACCUUCCCAGAUGAGCACUUCUCGAAGAUAUUGCAGGACAGUGUAAAGUUGCUCUACUCUACUCUGAAGGAUCCAUCACUACCUCUUUACGAAUGCGAGGAGCUUCUGUCUGCUCUCUCCGGGCGUAUUCCAGUGCAGGUGGAAUACGAGAUACACAGUCUGUUAUCACACUACAGCAACCAUCUCAACUCUAUAGUGGCUCAGUUCCCAGGCCAGGCUAUUGCUAGUGUCCUGGAUAAUCACGCGGCAAGCAUUGAGAACAAGCAGGACAGAGAUGCUUUCUAUAUGCAGACUCAGGGCAUCACAGAUCUGGUAAUAAGAUACCGCAAAGGAGUUAAAGGACACUUAAAGUCAGUUUUGUACAAGAUACUGAGGACUUAUCUGAGUCAUGAGAACUACUUUGCUGGUGGACCUUAUGACAAGUGUGUCUCUAAACUCAAGGAAGAGAUGAAGGAUGGGGACAUCAAGGAAGUCUUGUCGGUGAUAUUCUCCCACGCCAACCUGGAGAACAAGAACCAGCUGGUACUGGAGCUGCUGGAGGAGGUCACUAAAAACGGCAACAAACUCUCAAUACUGACGGACGAACUGAAGUCCAUCCUGGAGGAUCUGGCUAAUCUAGCCGGCCCCGAAUACCAUCAGGUGUCACUGAAAGCCAGACAGUUCCUCAUCACAGCUCACCAGCCCUCCUACGAAAUGAGAUAUAAUCAGAUCGAGAGUAUCUUCCUGGCUGCAGCAAACACUGAGGACCACAUCUGCCAAGCUAAAUAUCACCAGCUCAUCACUACAAGUAUCAUGAUGUUUGAUGUUCUGCCCUGUCUUUUCUACCACACCAACACUUUCGUUAAACAAGCUGCUCUGGAGGUGUACAUGAGGCGCUCCUACAUUGCCUAUACGAUAACUAACGUAGCUCAGCUGGGGCUCCCUGAUGGUACCCCCAUGGUCGAGUGGAAGUUCUAUCUGCCUACUUCUCAUCCCAACGCUAUGAUGGCUAAAUCCGCUGUUUCAAAUCACUCCAUGAAGAGGUCCGGAACUAUGCCGAAAAUUAUGAGCAUCUCGGAGGAUCUGGCUAACUUUGGGAGAAUUCAGGAGGUGGGAGGCCAGCAUGAGAGACUGGGAGUAAUGGCUGCCUUCUCCUCUUACGAGCACCUAGCUGACAACUUCGACUCUCUGAUGAGACGGUACGCGGAGUACACUACUGGCCAGCAGAACCAAUCCAACCACAUGGCUAACGGUCUCUCCAGCGGAGAACUGAACACCAUACGAGAGGAGAAACCCUCGGAGCCAAUCCACAUUGUAAACGUGGUGAUACAACAUCCUACUAACUACGAGCUCGACCAGGAUCAUGACAACAAACUCUGUGCUGCGUUCAUAAAGAGCAAAGAGAGCGAACUAGUGGAACACAACAUAAGAAGAGUUACAUUCCUGGUUCAAAAAGGAAGUUAUCCCUUCUUCUACACAUUCCGGCACAGGCUCAACUGGGCUGAGGACAGCAUCUACCGACAUUUGGAGCCCGCUCUAGCGUUCCAGCUGGAGAUACACAGAAUGAAGAACUUCAACAUCAGACUCCUCCAGACCAAUAACCACAUCCUUCACAUGUACUACGGCACUGCCAAAUCCUCCUCAGGAUCUACCGUUACUGAUAGCAGGUUCUUCGUGCGGUCUAUCAUAAGACACGCUAACUUCUUCACCAAAGAAGCCAGCUUCGACUACAUGGAGCGUGAAGGAGAGAAGUAUCUGCAAGAGUCCCUGAACGAACUAGAAGUGGCCAUGUCAAAUCUCAAGUAUAGGAAGAGCGACUGUAAUCACAUCUUCCUUAACUUUGUUCCCUGCAUGGUCAUCCAUCCAAUGAUCGUUAAAGAGAAGGUAAAACAGUUUAUUGAGAGAUACGGAAAGCGGUUGUGGAAAUUGCGAGUUCUACAAGCUGAACUGAAGAUGAAGUUGAGAGAAACAGCAGAGAGUCCGGAGCAGAGUUUCAGGUUCUUCGUUAACACUGAGAGUGGUUACAGUAUUGAUACUAACAUCUACACCGCAGUGGAGGAUCCUAACUCAGGUAUCUCCUACCUCUCAAGCUUUGAGGAAGUACAAGGACCCAUGCACGGUAUCGCAGUCAACGCUCCCUACCUGACCCGGGACUUCCUGCAACAGAAACGCUGCUCCGCCCAGCUGAUGGAGACCACGUACGUGUACGACUUUCCGGACAUGUUCAGGGAAGCUUGCAAGACGAGGUGGAUACUACACGUCAAACAACAUUCCCUCCCUAAAUCUGUCAUACCCAAAGAGUUUGUGAGGUUCACGGAGCUGGUGUUGGAUAGCCAUGAUCACUUGAUAGAGAUACACAGAGUUCCGGGACAGAAUGAUACCGGGAUGAUAGCUUGGAAGAUGACCUUGUUUGUCCCGGAGUAUCCCGAGGGACGGGAUGUUAUCGUUAUUGCUAAUGAUAUCACCUUCAAGAUUGGAACGUUUGGACCAGAAGAGGAUAAGCUGUAUAUGAGAGCUUCUGAGUUUUCUAGAGCUCACAAACUUCCCAGAAUAUAUUUAUCAGUGAACAGUGGAGCCAGGAUAGGACUAGCAGACGAGAUAAAAACAAUGUUCAGAGUGUGCUGGAUAGACAGCGCUCACCCUGAUAAGGGGUUCAAGUACCUGUAUCUCACACCCGCGGAUUAUAAGACUAUCUCCAGUAAGAACAGUGUGCAGGCAGAGCUUAUUGAGGAUGAGGGAGAAAGCAGGUACAAGAUAACGACCAUUGUGGGUGAGAAGGAUGGUAUUGGUGUUGAGAACUUGCAGGGGUCUGGUAUGAUUGCUGGGGAAACUUCUCGAGCUUACGACGAAGUCUUCACUAUUAGUCUGGUGACUUGCAGGAGUGUCGGUAUCGGCGCGUACCUAGUUCGUCUUGGUCAGCGUACUGUACAAGUUGAUAACUCUUGUAUUAUCUUGACUGGGGCUAACUCUCUGAACAUGGUCCUCGGCAGACAGGUGUACACUAGUAACACCCAACUGGGAGGUACUCAGAUAAUGUACAAUAACGGAGUCUCCCAUCACACGGUCAAGGAUGAUAUUAGUGGGGUCAUGAAGAUAUUGGAGUGGUUGUCCUACAUUCCUCGACACAAAGGUGCCUCUCUCCCUAUAGGGCUCACCACUGACCCAGUAACCAGACCUAUUGACUUUAUGCCCACUAAAGUUCCCUACGAUCCCCGGAAUAUGAUAGCUGGAACAACUGUCGAUGGAAACUGGGUUAGUGGCUUCUUUGACAAGGGCUCGUGGGUGGAGUGUCUGAACAACUGGGCUAAAACAGUGAUAACUGGAAGAGCUAGGCUGGGUGGUAUUCCCAUGGGAGUGAUAUGUCCUGAAACCAGGUCGGUGGAGUGUGAGGAUCCGGCAGACCCAGCUAACUUGGACACGGAGACCAAGUUAACCCAACAAGCUGGACAAGUCUGGUUCCCGGACUCCGCUUACAAGACUGCUCAGGCUAUCAAGGACUUCAACAGAGAGGAACUCCCGCUCAUUAUAUUUGCUAACUGGAGAGGAUUCAGUGGAGGCAUGAGAGAUAUGUACGGAGAAAUCCUGAAGUACGGUGCGUACAUUGUGGACGGAUUGGUCGAGUACAAGCAGCCGGUGUUCGUAUACAUUCCACCAUUUGGAGAGCUACGUGGUGGCGCGUGGGUCGUUGUUGAUCCCAAAAUAAACCCCGAUGUAAUGGAAAUGUACGCAGACAAAGAUUCCAGGGGAGGAGUUUUAGAGCCUGAGGGCACUGUCGCUGUUCAGUUUAAACAGAGAGAUCUCGUCCAAACCAUGAAGAGAAUAGAUCCGCUCUACAAUGAGCUCUUCUUGAAGAACAGCAAAGAAGAAAUGCCACACGAAGAAAGGAAGAAACGUGUAGCUGAGUUGAGGAAUAGAGAGGCUUAUCUCUUGCCUGCAUAUCAUAUGAUCUCUACAACAUUUGCUGAUCUGCAUGACACACCGCAACGAAUGGUAGCUAAAGGAGUCGUCAGGGACAUAUUAGACUGGAGAACGGCUAGGGAGUUCUUCUAUUGGAAAGUAAAGAGAAGGAUUCUUGAGUUUGAUGUGGAGAAGCAAGUCAAAGUUGCUAACAAGAAUGUGAAUCACGGACAGUUGUUGUCUAUGUUGAGACGAUGGUUUAUCGAGUCCAAGGGACCCGUGCAAAAUUAUCUAUGGGAUGAUGAUAAGGCUGUGGCUGCCUGGUUAGAUGAUCCAGAGGAACGACAGUCCAUUUCAGAGAAUAUUCGUAUGAUACAGAAGGAUGCUCUCAUUCAAAAGAUUGAUACGUUGGCCAGCACCAAUGACGAUACUGCUUUGGAAGCAGUUAUUGGACUUCUCCAGAAAAUGCCAGCUCGUCAACAGGGGGAAGUUAAGAAACUUCUCGAAUCUUUGGUUACCAAGGACGCCGAAAUAGAGGACAUUAAGACAUAAACUGUUCACAGACUAUUUGACCCUGAUAAUUGUUAAUUAUUUAUCCAGUUUACUGUUAAACCGUCAGUCAGAUAUCGAUAAUAUUACAGCUAACUGAGUUGUGAUUUUACGUCUUUAAGUAUAAGUUAUUGUUGAUCUGUCGUGUAAAUAUUUUCAGAAGUUUACGAUUAAGGUUGUUCGACCACCUAUUAAGGUUUUUCAACCACCUAUUCUUUCGAGCUGUUGAUGCCUCGUGUUCGUCAGGAAUAAACGAUGCUUAAGCUGGAAAAAUGUAUGUAAUUUGACUGUGUGUUGCUUUAUGAGUGAAGAUUUGUCAGUGUUGAACUUUGUGUAUUGACUUGGAUGACUGUUUGUUUUGAUAUUAAUGGUAUAGGGAAACUGUUUUCUAUUGUUAAAUUAUAUACUAGCUUUUUACAAACCUAACUGUGGGGACGCUUUUAUGGAAAUUUUUUGACUGUUUUUGAUUGAAGCAAAAUCAGAUAUUACGUCAGUUUAAAAGUUGUUUUUCUUACAAAUUACUAAAUUUAUAAAUUAUACAUAUAUUAAAUCAUAUGAAAGUGGUAUGGCUAAAAAAUAUAUGUUUCGAAUCACGCCUGAGAGUUGUGGAGA